AUGCUAAGCCAAAUGAGAAAAAAGAGCCACGAGAUUGAUCGAUCAAGGGAGGACAAGCAGGAUCUGCAGGGAUCUUUGGAUCGGACAGUUGAUAAAUUGGAAGAAACUGUUGAAGCCGUAAGAGGAGAUCUGGAAAUUAAAGAUGAUGAAAUCAGUACUCUGGUAGAGAUCGUCCGCACGAUUGAAGAUAGCAGAGGAACAAAGAGGUCAAGCUCUGGAAACAACAGAAGUUCCUUUUAA